GUCUUUCGCAUUCGCCUCCGUCACGUGGGCGGCAAGGGGAGGCGAGGCCGGUGCGGGGUAGGUUGCGCCCUUCUUUUCGCACGGAAGCGUUGCAGGAGGCUGGCAAGUGUCAUCUUGAAAAUGGAUCCUUCCAAAGAAGACUAUCCCACAGAGAUUCAUGAUUACCUUGUAGCCUUUGAAACAGCUGUUGGCUCAGUAGAUGCAGUGUUGAAGACCAUGAUGUCCAUAUCCAGAAGUGAGCUCCUCCAGAAGCUAGAUCCGCUUGAACAAGCCAAAGUAGAUUUGGUCUCUGCUUAUACAUUGAAUUCAAUGUUUUGGGUGUACCUUGCUACACAAGGAAUAAAUCCAAAGGAACAUCCAGUCAAACAGGAAUUGGAGAGAAUAAGAACAUACAUGAACAAAGUAAAAGAGAUUGAAGAAAAGAAAAAAGCUGCCAGGCUGGAUAAAGGCGCGGCAUCAAGAUUUUUACGAAAUGCGCUGUACGAACCAAAAACUCAAAGCAAAACUGCAAAGAAAAGUCCCAUUCCAGCCAAAAAGAAAAAAUCUCAUUAGAAUCUCCCUAUUUGAUAUCAACUAGGAUUAUUUUAAUAAAGUUUUAUAUGUAAUAAAAUGGCUUUGAUAUUUCUA